UGAAAGUUUGGCAUCUGAACAUUUUGGAACUGAGAGUAUCACAAGUGAUUGUGCAAUUGAAAUGCAACCUUUUAUAUGGGAUGGAGUUAGUUUUGAAGAAGCCCGCAUGAUGGUUGAUAUAGAUGAAGAUGAGGAACUUACCUGGGAGGAUUUGGAUAUAGAGACUAAAAACAAUGAUAUUAAUUUGGCAUCGAUACUAGAACCAGAACUGGAAGAAGAUAAUAAUAAUAUUAAUUUGGCGUCGAUACUAAAAUCAGAAAAAGAUAUAGAUUCACAAGAUCAAGAUCUGACGUCUUGUGUUCUUUUGAAUAUGAUUGAUAGCUGUAUCCAAUGCUGUUCAAAUAAAACAGAGAGACAAAGGCCCUUAACACAACUAGUAGGAACGUGGAAAAUAGAUAAGGAUAUAGUUUUAGAAUUGAAGAAAAAAAAUAAAUUGCACACAUUAG